CCACCUGGAACUUUGAACUGAUACAAAACUCUCCUGGAUGCGCUAAAGGACUAAGAAAGAAUGAGCUAUUACGGAAGUAGUUACCGGAUUGUAAAUGUGGAUUCCAAAUAUCCAGGCUAUCCCUCAGAGCAUGCUAUAGCUGAGAAGAGAAGGGCAAGAAGGCGCCUGCUCCACAAAGAUGGCAGUUGCAACGUGUACUUCAAACACAUUUUUGGAGAAUGGGGGAGCUACAUGGUUGACAUUUUCACCACUCUUGUGGAUACCAAGUGGCGUCACAUGUUCGUGAUAUUUUCUCUGUCUUAUAUUCUCUCCUGGUUGAUAUUUGGCUCCAUAUUUUGGCUCAUAGCCUUUCAUCAUGGAGACCUGUUAAAUGAUCCAGACAUCACGCCUUGUGUUGACAACGUGCACUCGUUCACGGCAGCAUUUCUAUUCUCCCUUGAGACCCAGACCACCAUUGGGUACGGUUACCGGUGUGUCACAGAAGAAUGCUCUGUGGCCGUGCUGACGGUCAUCCUUCAGUCCAUCUUAAGUUGCAUCAUAAACACCUUCAUCAUUGGAGCAGCCUUGGCGAAGAUGGCCACCGCCCGGAAGCGAGCCCAGACCAUCCGUUUCAGCUAUUUCGCACUCAUUGGUAUGAGAGACGGGAAGCUUUGCCUCAUGUGGCGCAUAGGUGAUUUCCGACCAAACCAUGUGGUAGAAGGUACAGUGAGAGCCCAGCUUCUCCGAUACUCAGAAGACAGUGAAGGGCGGAUGACCAUGACCUUUAAAGAUCUCAAACUCGUCAAUGACCAGAUCAUCCUGGUAACCCCAGUUACCAUCGUCCAUGAAAUUGACCACGAGAGUCCUCUGUAUGCCCUUGAUCGCAAGGCAGUGGCCAAAGAUAAUUUCGAGAUUUUAGUGACAUUUAUCUAUACUGGGGAUUCUACUGGGACAUCCCACCAGUCUAGAAGUUCUUACAUCCCCAGAGAAAUUCUCUGGGGCCAUAGGUUUAAUGAUGUCUUGGAAGUGAAGAGAAAGUACUACAAAGUGAACUGCUUGCAGUUUGAAGGAAGUGUGGAAGUCUAUGCCCCCUUUUGCAGUGCCAAACAACUGGACUGGAAAGACCAGCAACUCACCAACUUGGAAAAAACAUCCCCUGUCCGAGGAUCCUGUACCUCUGACAGCAAUGUCAGGAGGCAGUCUUUCAGUGCUGUAGCCAUUGUGAGCAGCUGCGAGAACCCUGAGGAGACCGGCACCUCCCCACCAGCUGAGUGUAAGGAAGUCCCUUACCAAAAAGCUCUCCUGACUUUAAAUAGAAUCUCCAUGGAAUCCCAGAUGUAGCCCUCCUCUUUAGCCCCUUACCCAAAGGCACAACAUUGUUAGCAUGAUUUUGAACAAAAUGUUACACCUGUCCUUUGCAGCAGCAAUAGAAAGCACAGCAGGUUAAACCUGGUAAGUGAUCAUCUGAAAAUUCCACAGCUUCCCAGCAUUAAAAUUUGGCACUGGUAGCAAAUUUUGUAGUGGGAAAACUAUUAAGAAGCUUAAUUGAUGACACUUAAUCUCAUUAUGGCACACCCUUGUAUCCUCUCUUGAAUGUGAAUAUUUAGGAGUGGGAGAAAAGAGGCCGCUGGAGCAGAUAAAGAUAGAGACAGGUGAGCUAAAUAUUUACAUUGAUAAAAUAAUUGUGGAAUGAGAUCUUAUAAUAAUAGCUCAUAACCUAAGCAAAACAAAUAAGACAUAUCUCAGCACAGAAACACGAGACAUGGAAGUAAAGUGAAGUGCGGUUUGAGGUCCCGUAUUUGCCUCUCAUGGUGUCUUGGUGGCAGCAGACAGGCACGGCUUUCAUAAACUGACCGUGCUAUCAAGUCACAGACUCGUUUCAGUGAGAUUGCUGAAAGUGUUCUCAAUGAGUGCUAGAUGCUCUCAUGUGACAGAGGAGGCAGGGGCAUCAUUAUUUGGAGAACUAUUUCUCUCUUAAAUACCUUGGUUCAACCAGACAAAUGGGGAACAGAAGUGAGGGAGUGUCCCUUCCCUGUGUUCCUUGGAGAAGUCUUCUGUGUAAAUACACCCGCUGUUCUCAAACAUUUGGGUGGGAUCCCAGAGAUGGGUGCAGCAGUGAGAGGCAGCUGAGACCUGAGAAUAAAUGCUGCUGAUGGCUGAUCCUGAGAGGCUACAUGUAGGCUAAGAAGAACUAAAAGAGCUAGAACCUUCUCUAAAGGCAGUGAGGUCAUGCGUACGGUGACCUGGGCUACGAGCAUGAUCGACUCUGUGAAGCAGAGCAAGGAAGUUGAUUUGAUUGUGUAUUAGAGGGAUAAACUGAAUAUUAUAGGAAAUGCUGAAAUUUUAGGACAAAAAAUAAAUGCAUAGUCUGUUAUCGUGUUAAAGGAUUAAGUUAAUUCCUGACUCCUUUUAGCAUGAACCCAAGUCUCAGAUACUGUAAGCUUUACAAACUGAAGAAUUAUUACCUAUGGCUUGGCAUGAUUUGUGUAUUUUUUCCACUGUUUCUGAGCCAGGAAUGAGUAUAUGAUACAGCUGCUGUUUUAAUUUAAACACACAUACAUUUUGCUUUUUUUCAGUGAUCUCUCUUUUUCUACACACACACACACACACACACACACCACAGUUACUCAAAUUUGAUCUCAUAAGUAGAAUGAACUGAAUCACACAGUCAAAGAUUACCAAGUGCAGUGAAAGAAAGAGGCAUUGAAGGACUCUCCUUUCUUCUGUAAUUUUCCUUUUUUCUCCCUCUUCCAUUUUUUUUUUCUUUGCUUCUUCCUGUAACCUAGGAUCAAUACAGAAUACCAUGAACUUUGCAAGUGCACAUUUGUAAAUAAAUCUUUCAAAACCCUGUUAUCUUAUAAGAAAUCUGUUCAAGGGGCAAGUUAAAAACUGUCCUGAAACUUAAUAUCUGUGACCAAUGUCAUGUUUAACCUG